AUAUUAGUUAAUACAAAAAUGGAUGAAGAUAAAGAAAUAUUAUUAAAAAAUGUAAAUGAAAUAAUUCAAUAUGGAUACGAUAUGAUUGAAAAAUUGAAUACGUUGAAAAACAAUAUAAAUAGUGUUGACAAAUUAUCACGAAAAAUUCAUAAAGAAAUCAAGUUCUUAGACAAGGUACGAUCUACAGGUAACUUGAAGAAAGAAUAUCUCCAAAGUACUAAUUUAAUUCAACUAAAUGCAGUUGUUAAAAGGUUGUUAAUGGAGUGGUCAAAAUCCAAUAAUAAAAGUAAUCACUCUAUAAGUGUUAUGAAACCAUUCAAAAUGGACAGUAAUAAUAGUCGCUUAAUGGUGGAUAUUAUUAGUGAUGAUGGAAAUACUUGGAUUAAAGUAAUAGCACGAAAUCCAAAAGCUCUAUCAUUGAUAUCUCUUGGAAAUGGUGAAUAUGGUCAAAAGUCUAUACUUGACCAAGCUAAAUAUUUUUUGACCUGUGCUUCGAUGCAUCUGCAUUGUUACAAACCACCCAACAUAAUAUUCUAUUUUGCAUGUGGCAUUGAAUCGUUUUUAGCAAACCAGCUAGAAGAAUUAGGAAUUUCAGUAGAAGGCAAACGAAUAGCAGAUAUUACUGAUACGUCUAUUAUUGAGUUUGAAAGUAAAUUCGAUUUAAAUGAAUUUAUCUUAGAUAAUUUAAAGAACCAUUCUAUCAGUAGCUGUAAUAAAUCAUUACUUAUUUCUACAAAUAAAGAAAAGACAUCGUCAUCAGUAACUACAACGAAUAUUUUAUCGAAAAAAUUAGAAACUUUUAAUGUCUCGCCUCAAAAAUUGUUGAGUAUUGAAACUCUUAAUAUUGAUGUGUCAAGUCUUUUGGCAUAUGUUAGUAAUAUGACUAAUGGUCAUGCAAAUUUUAUUUUUUUGGAACCUUUAUUGAAUUUACAAGCUGAAUGGGAAAGGAGUAGUCCUGUGAAACCAAUUUUAGAUCAAUGGUUCGAAGGAAAACGACUACUAGUUUGUAAAACAGCUUAUGAUAAUUUUAUGGAUAUUAUUAAAACUAUUGGAGGAGUCAAUGAAAAAUUGAGAGCCGAGGCAUUCAUGCGAAAAGUACAAAUAAUCGAAGAUGCUGAUGAGGGAAGAAUCUUACAAUUACCAAUAGUAGGGAGAAUAAAACAUCGAUCGAGAAUAGUCUUUGGAACUGGUGAAUUUACGAAAAGUAUUACGAUAACAGCAAAUGAAGGAUUUGUAAGGGCAGCUAAAAUGCAGGAGAUUGAAUGUGCAGUAAUGUUGCAUGAACCAAGAUCUCUUUCUGAAAUCAAAGAAAAAAAUGCCAAAAAGUUAAAUGAUCAUACAGAUAAUAAAUCAACUGAAACAAAUUAAAGGCAGCAACAAAAAUGAGCUAACUAUACUCUUGAAUAGUUCAUUCUCAAAAUCUGAAAAGAAUUGAACCAUAAUUCACUUCACAGACGAUAAAUAUAAAUAAUUAAUAUUAAGCAGAUAUAAUUAUACCUGAAAUGUACUUAAAAUACUUUGGAAACUUGUCUUUAGCUAAAAUGAUAAACUCAUCACAUUUUUGUCGAUUACCCAAAAGAGCAUGACAUUUCGCACUAUUUAAUAAGGCCUUUAUAUUUUUUGAAUCAUUAAUACGUAAUGCCCAGUUAAAAUUAUUAAGAGCUUUGUCAUACAGUUCAAGUUUCAUGUAUGCAAGUGCACAAUUAUUCCAAAUAAGAGCUGAGUCUUUUCGUUCUUCAAGUGCUUUUUCAUAAUAAGUAAUGGCUUUUACAUAAUCACCUUCAUUGAAAGCAUUAUUGCCAAUCUUUUUAAAAUUAUCAGCUUUUGCAUCUCUUAUUUUUUUAUCUUGUGCCCGUUGAUUUGCAUCUUUUUCAACCAUUUUCAUGAAUAUCUCUGAAAAAUGCAUUAUAAUUAUAGUCAUAAGUUUAUUUUUCAUGAUCAACUCAUCGAUUACCAGGAUUAGUCGAGUUAUCUGAAUCUUCAUGAAGUGAAUUUUUAUUAUUAAUAAUUGUUCUAUUACAUUUAACAAUACAUUGAUCAUCUUGAGUUAAUAAAUCAUUAUUUUUCUUACGUCCGUCAAGAAUUGAAUCAGCAAUUUUCAUUCCCUCAUUCUGCUCUUCGAUAUCAUUUGAAACUAAUUUUUUUAUUACCUUUUCUAAAAUAUAAGAAAGUAUGUAUUUCAAUCACAUAUUAUUCGUAAUAAAACAACUCACCAACUUCUGUAGCUCGACACAUGAAAUUAUUAAAUUCCUCAUCAAUGUUAUUUUGGAACGACAUAAGUUUUUUUGCGAUCAGUUAUUGGAAUUAUUCAAUAAAUAUUUUAAUAAUAUUGAACUAACAGUAUUUACUAUGGAAUUAUCAACAAUCACUUCGUUACCAUAACAACCUCGUUAUAUAGUAUUGAA